GAUUGCUCAGUUUCACCAUUUAUCCCUUUAUCAAUUUAUAAUGCAAGAUCGUUGUGGCUGAUUUCUAUUAAUUUUUCCAAUAACUUAAAUUAUUUAUGAUAAGAAUUGAACUAUUAAUAGUGGUAAUAUUUCUAACUCAAAUGUGUUUUCUUCUUCUGGCACAAAAGAGAAAGCACAAAUUUUCUUUCUUGAGUGGUUUUCUUUCAAAGUAAGGGAUGUUGGCUAGCCCAUUAGGUGUAUAUUGCCAUUUUGCUCAUAAUUACAUUUUUGUCAGGUCAGUUGUGUUGAAAUGUGUAAAAACUGUUUUGUUUAACUCUUGUCACACUUCCUGGAAAUGUGCUCCUGGUGGGGAAGGCCUAGUUCUGGUUUCUACAACUAUAAGAAAAUAAUUUCAUGAUCCUAAACUGUAUUCCUUUUUAGCUUAUUCUUCUGAAGUGAAAAACCUUUGUUUUCAUGAUAUUCCCUUCUUAAUUCUUUAAUUUCUUCAAAAUUUCCUUAUCCAUACAAAGAUUUUCCUUGUACAUAUAAAGAUUAAGUUAUAGUAAUUAUCUGCAAGGUUAGGUAAUGUUUUGUCUUCUGUAUUUUGUAGGCCCGUGUUCUAGGUUUUAGUUUUUGUUUUCCUUAAAUUAUUGAGGUGUUUAUCUUUCAGAAACAGCUUCUCCAACAGCAUACAAAUCCAAAACCUAACUUCUGAAGGGAUUGUUCAGAAUUUUCAAUAGUGUAUGAAAAUUUUACAAUGCACCAAAAGUUGAAAUGUUUUUGUAUUUUUAUUAUUAGUACAUGAUUGUGGUACAUAAAAUGUUUUUUGUAGGGAGUUAAAACAUGUACAUAACACAUCUUAAUUCUUUUUUUCAUGCUCUUUCCUUCUCCUGUCCCCCCUAAUCUCUUGGUUCCCUUAAAAUGUGAUUUUUAAAAAAUUUUAUUAGUGGGGCUGGGGAUUUAGCUCAGUGGCAUAAGCACCUGCCUUGCAAGCAGGCGGUUGUGAGUUCAAUCCCUGGUACCGAUUAAAAAAAAAAUCAUUAGUACAUGUUUGUAUUACAUGAAGCUUAAAUUUCCCCUUGAGGUGAGAGUACAUGUGCAUAAUACAGCUUUCUUUUAAACUCCUCUUUCUGUCUACCUACAUGUCUCUGCUUGUGAGUGAGCAUUCUCCAUUUUUAUUCAUGUCAGUAUUAUUCUUAGCUCAUGUUGAUGACAUACAGUUGUUGAGAUUACAGGGUUCCUGUACAUGGCGUAACUUAAUUUUACUUGCUUCCCUUUUACCUUCUUGCUGUCCCCUCACCAUUUCCUGGACCUCUUCUCAUUUCCUAGAGAUGUGUCCCAUUGUUACCUGGUAUCCAUUUAUUAUGCUCUUUGUUUCUACUUUGUCUUACUCAAAUGAGAGAUGCCAUAGGAUGUAUAAGCUUUUGUGUCUGAUUUAUUUCACUCAAAUAUUGUAUUUCCCAGAUGGGUCCAUUUUCCUUUGAAUGUCUCAGAUUUAUCCUUUUUAAUAGCUGAAUAGUGUUCUGUUAUGUAUAGAUACAUUUUCCUUAUUCAUUUGACUGUCGAUGGCCAUACCUGCUGUUCCCAGGAUUUAGUUGGGGUUUUUGUUCUGUUUUGUUUUGUUUUUGAGACAAGAUCUUGCUUUGUAGUUUAGGCUGACCCUGAAAUCUCUUUGUAGUCAAGGCUGACCUCAAACACAUGGAUUACAGGCCUGUGUGCCACCAUGCCCACCUAUGGUUUAGCUAUUAUGAGUUGUGUUGCUAUAAACUAUAGGCUCGUACUGUUAUAGUAUAUCUUUGGCCCUUUGGGGAAGAUACCAAGAAGAUAAAGAGCUGGAUCAUAUGGAAUUUUUAGGUUUUUUUUGUCUAUUUCGUUUUUAUCAGUACCGGGGAUCGAACUCACGACUGCCUGCUUGCAAGGCAGGUACUUAUGCCACUGAGCUAAAUCCCCAGCCCCUCAUAUGGAAUUUUUAAUUUUAGUGUUUUGAAAGGUCUCCAGAUUUCCAAAAUGGUUGUACUAGUUGUACUACACAGUCCCACCAACAAUGCAAGAGGAUUCCAUUUCAUCACAGUCACACCAGCAUUUGUUAUUCUUUGACUUCUUGAUGAUUUCCAUUCUUUCUGGUGUAAGAUCAAAUCUUUGUAUUGGUUUAAUUUGCAUUUCUCUAAGACCAGAGAUGCUGGGUAUUUUCAAAUAUAUUUGUUGGCUAUUUGUACUUCUCCUAAGAGGUGUUUAUUCAUUUCAUUUGCCUAUUCUUGAUUGGGUCUUUUAUGUAUAAUUUUUUGAAUACAUUAUAUAUUCUAGAUAUUCUAAGAAUGGCCAGAACAUGUUUUUUUCUAUUUUGCAGGUUCUCUCUUCAGUCUACUGAUUGUUUUGCUCAUAGAAGAGUCUUAAUUUGAUAUAAUCCCAUUUGUUACUAUUAUUUCUUGCACAAUUGGGAUUCUGUUUUACACCUGUGGCUUCAAAUAUUUUACCUAUUUUGUUUUCCAGUAGGCUUAGUGCUUCCAUUUUAAUAUUGAGCUCUUGAUCCAUUUUGAUUUUAUUGUAGUACAUAGCAAGAGAGAUGGAUUCUUCUUCAGUCUUUUGCAAACAGAUCCCCAGUUUUCCCAGCACCAUUUACUGAAUUGGCUAUCUUUUAAAAAAAUUUGUUUUAAACAUUAAAAUCUUAAUAAGGUAUGAAUAAUGCGUUAGUCAGCUUUCCUGUGUUGGGAUGAUAGCCAACACCCACAACUUAAAGGAGGAGAGGUUUCAUUUGACUCAAGGUUUCAGAGAAUUCCAUUCAUGGUUGGCUGACUCCUAGACAAAAUGUCAUGAUGGAAGGAUAUGAUCUAGAGUUCUUGGCAGCUGGGAAGCAGGGCAGCAGUUCCAGAAAGGAAGAGAUGAAGGACCAGAUAUAGUACCCAAGAUCACACUUCUGUGACCCAUCCAGAUAUACCCAGAAGCAUGCCUUCCUAAUACCCUGGACAGCUCCAAAGCCAAUUAAAUUGAUACAGUUAUACCUGACCACCACAAAUAAAUUUUUUAAAACUGUCAUCUAACACACACACACACACACACACACACACACACACACACACACAAAACACCUUGUUAUGACUUAUGUCUAGAUAUUCCCCCAAAGCCUCAUGUAGUCAUAGAGGGGACAUUUCAGAGGUGGCUGGGUCUAGAGUGUGUGGUGCUGGGAUCAAGGAUGUGUGAUUACUAAAUCAGUCCACAGAUUGGUUUAGCAUAGCUCUGGCUAGGAUUAAGGCUGUGUGAGUGCUACACCCACCCUAGUGAAGGUAGCUUGCAUGCAAUAAAAAGGACAAAAACAGGGCUAACAUGCGCUUGUGUGCCUGCUUGCCAUAGACUGUUUCUCCCCUGCAGUGUCCCUCUGCCAUCCCACCCUGCCUUGGAGCCUGCUGACUAUGGGCUAAAGUCUCACAAACUGUGAGCUAAAUAAAACUAUUCCUCCAUUAAGUUUGGGUGUUGGUUAUUUUGUCUCAGCAAUGAGAACAGUAAGACAUGCCUUUUAGGAGAACAGUAUUUAAACUUGAGAUAGGACUUUUACUCACGAGGACGUGACUUCUGUGUCCUCUGAAUAUUAGUGUUCCUUCACAUCACUUUAAUUCCAGACAAUUUUUGUUUGUUUGUUUGUUUUCAGUGAUAGUGUCUUGCUGUGUAGCCUUGGUUGGUCUUAAAUCAUAAUCUCCCUAGUUCAGUCUCCAGGGCCCUGUAAACAUGGUCUACCACACCUGACUGAAACUGAUGUUUUUUGUUGAAGGAAUAUGCUAGUUCCCUGAUUAUGCUCAUACACAAUAAUUGUUUAACCAGUAUUUACUGAAUGCAUACUGCAGUCACAAUGCUGGAUCUAGAGAAUUAAACACCUGAACUCUUAACUCAUCUGAUAGAAUGUGUUUGAAAAAGCUCAACGGAAACCAUCAAAAGAAGUGAUAAAUUCAGCCUGGAAAAAAAAGAGGAGACUUUUUCAGGAAUAUGACAGUCCUAGAAAAGAGCUUUGUAGGCUUGGAAUACUGGGUAGUGUUAUACUCUAGUAUGAAUGAAGGUAUGAAGGAGUGAGGUUACAUAGUAUAUGUAGUUAGCAGAGGUACACCUGCUGAUUACCUUCUUUUGUUGGUAAAACAUAUUUUGAACUUAUAACACUAUCUUUUUAGGUCUGCUUUUAAAGUCCUUAAAAUGUGUAGCUAAAACUGGUUUCUUGGGGCUGGGGAUUUAGCUCAGCGACAUAAGCGCCUGCCUUGUAAGUGUGUGGUCGUGAGUUCGAUCUCUAGUACCAGUAAAAAUACAAAAAAACAAAAAACAAAACUGGUUUCUUAAGAGUUCAUGAAAGAUCUUUGUUGAAGUUGUUCGUAUAGAAAUUUAAAGACAUGAAGUAUCUAUGAUAAAUUGGAGUUUGUUUUCUUGGUUCUGUGAAAAUGGUUUAUAGAAAAAUCUGAUAAUUACACAAUAUAUAGAAGACUAUUAACAAAUUCUGAUUUGAUUAGCUAUUUAUAUACACUGAUGAUAAUGUGUACUUCAUAGUUCACAUUAAACUUUUAUCAUGGAUUUAAGUAGAGCCUUGAAAGAUUUUCUGUUCAGAUUGAUAGUUGACAAUCAGAAAAUACAAAUCAUCAUAAUAUGUCCUUUUUUCCCCUGUAAACCAUGAUAUUUGAUAUAAGUUGGUACUUUUCUUUGUAUCUGCUUGGAUGUAAUCUGCAUAGAAAUGAUAAAUGACAUUUUUUAACUUACUGUGAAAAUAUUUUGAAGAAGGGGAAACUACUUUAAAAUUUUCUCGUUUAUCUUUAUAGUGAGCUAAAAUUUCACAGGUAAACUUACAACCUUAAAAUGUACAGCUCUGUAACAUUUUACAUAUAAGUACACUGCUGUAUCUACUUCCAGGAGCAAGGAAUACACAUCACUCCCUGAAGUCAUUUUGGUCUACCUUUUGUCAUAACCAGCCAUUUUCCACUGCUGAAGUAAUCUCUAUAUUUAACUUGUAUCUUUUUAGAUUAAUUUUCAGUGUUCCUGAACUUCAUUAAAAUAUAAUUAUAUGGUCAUACAGAAUGGACUGACUUCUUUUGCUCAUACAUUUUUGGUGAUGGAUUGAUACAUCAUUUUAGAAAAUUAUUAAUUGCUGAGAAUAUUCCAUUAUAUGAGUAAAAUAUGUAUUUUAAAAUCCAUUGUGCAGUUACAGGUGUUUGCUUUCUAUUCACCUUUAGCUAUUACGAAUAAAGCUGUUGUGGGCAUUCUUGAAACAAAACCUUGGCAGGAUUUGUACAUAUUAUUUACAUAUGUGAACAAUAUUUCCUUUUUUUUUUUUGUCUUUUUCAUUUUUAUCGGUACCGGGGAUCAAACUCACAACCGCCUGCUUGCAAGGCAGAUGCUUAUGCCGCUGAGCUAAACCCCAGCCCCUAUGUGGACAAUAUUUACACAUAUAUUCAUAUUUCUUUUUUUUUUUAAUUUUAUUUAAAAGGAAAAAGAGAAAAACAAAACAAAAAGCGGUGUAAGGGUACAAGUAAUACAGAACUACAAAAAACAAAACAAAACAAAACAAAACAAAACUACAACAUAUUUCUAACUUUUAAAAUUUACUCUGAAUAUGCUUUGCCAGAUAUGUGCAUGUUUUGAAAUUUAUAUGUGAUAUUAGGUUUUUGUUUUUUGCUUAACUUCUUUAAAUGCUAAAUUUAAAAUAGAAAAGAAUCACUUGAUUCCAAACCCCUACUGAGUAUCUUUUUUUUAUCUUUUUCCUUUUUAUCGGUACCGGGGAUCGAACUCAGGACUGCCUAUUUGCAAGGCAGGCGCUUAUGCCGCUGAGCUAAACCUCCAGCUACUGCGUAUCUUUUACCAUCUCGCUAUAAUUGGCAAGCUUGUCUUGUGAGGGUGCAUGCAGGACUUUUUCCUUAUACCAUUUUUCUCCUUUCAGUACUUGGGAUUGAACCCAGGGCCUUCCAUGUGCCAAGCACACAAUACCACUAAGAUACACUCCUGACUCAAAUACCUUUUGUAACCCAAGGCCAAAUGACCAUUCAAUAACAUAAAAUGUUUCACUUAUUUUUAAACUUUUUUUUUCUGUACACAAUGGAGUUAAAAGCACUCUUUUCCUUUUUUUUAUUUUAGAGAAAUACCGAUAAAAAUUUCAAAACAAUAUUGUAGGAGGUAGCAAACAUAUAUUGUGUAUUGUUAUCUUCAAAGUAAUUGCUCAUAUUACAACAUGAGGCAUGAAAAAUUCAUCAAAUAAUAUAGGCACAAGCCUUUCUUUUCAAUGAACUAACAGCAAUAGUAGUAUAACUAUCUUAACUAGUUUAUUUAUUUAUUUUUCCUUUUUCCCUUCCUUCUUUUCUCCUUUUCACCAUCCUACUUUCUCUUUCCCUUUGAAAAACUGAAAAUUGUCUAGCUUUUUCAUUUUAGUAGGAAUCUAGGAGGGAAAUCAUAUAAUAGUAAUAAUAACUAUCUUUUUUGAAUUCAGCAUAUGUCAGAUGCUGUGCAAAGCACUAUAUAGUCAUUACUUCUUUUAUUCAUUUUUGCAGUACUUUUUUUUUUUUUUUUUUUUUUGUCUUUUUCUUUUUUAUCAGUACCGGGGAUCGAACUCACAACCACACACUGGCAAGGCAGGCGCUUAUGCUGCUGAGCUAAAUCCCCAGGCCCUAUUUUUGCAGUACUUAGUGAUUACAAUGAUUAUAGGAAGUUGGAACAUAUACAUACAUCUUACUUCUUCUUCUUUUUUUUAUUCAUUAUCUUUCUAAUCCUAGCAAAAUCUUUGUGAGGUGGUUGGUAUUGUUACCAUUUUAGAAAUGAAGAAUUGACUCACUGAGGCUAUAAACUUAGCUAGUUAGAUGAACAGAGAGGCAGGUUUUGAACUUGGGACUGAUUCCAAAGAUGAUUCUUUUCAAUUACCCUGUUUGUUAAAUAUUUUCAUAGAAUCACAUGAAUGUGAUUUUAUACCAUUGAUUGUGCUUAUUUUUAAAUGUAGACUUUUAUUUAACCAUUUUCCUUCAUUUUGUUUCUGGUGUAAAGCUUUUAAAUAGCCUUUUACUAAAUACUCCAAACAUGUUUUAAAUCUUUGCAUUUUAUGGAGUCGUAGGAACAUGUUUGCUGUGUCAAAGGAUAGUGUGUUUUUUUAAGUAGCUGUUUAUUUUUUGUACUUGAUUUACUUAUUUCCAGUUUGCUUCUCUACAGGGCUAUGGCAGUUCACUGUUCACUGUGGCAGCAAAGUACUGUGUCUGUUGGCUCUUAUCCCAGCCAGUGUUAUCACUGUAUAUACUUUUUGCUUUUGAUGGAUAUAAGUGAUGCUGGCAUGUCCUUAGUUUGUGAUUACUUGACUACCAAAUGUGAGUGAUUUUCUUUUUUUGUGAAUUACCUCUUCAUAUUUUUUUGUACAGUUCUCCUAUUUAAGAAGUCCAUUUCUAAGCAUUGUUUGUAUGUUAGGUUUAAUCCCUUGCAUUUGUAGUAUAAUUUAUGUAAACUGAUUGAAUUUUUUUUGGAGACAGUCUUGCUUUGUAGUUCAGGCUGUUCUUAAACCGACUAUAUAGUCUAGCCUGAUCUAGAACUCACAACAGUCCUCUUGCCUCAGCCUCCCAGCUUCUGUGGUUACAGGAAUGCACCACUAUAUCUGCCUAUAAAUACCAUUUCAAAGUAUAGCUUUCUUUAGGCUGUGUGGUUUUAUGCCUUAUAGAACAUUUUCAUUUUUUUAUAUAGAAAAUUGUGUUGUAUGUCUUUAAUCCAUCUGGCAUUUAUUUUUGGACACUGCAUAAGAUGGUGGUCCAAUUUUAUUUUCCUUUAGAAGAAUAACUAACUACAUUAUUCAUGUUUUCCUACUGAGUAAAGCUGCUGUCUUUCUCAUAUCAUAAAUCUCAUAUAUACUAGGGUUGUUUUGUUACUGAUGUUUGUGUAUUGCUUUCCAAAUAUUGUUUUGAUAAAAGAGGUUUUUAGUUAUGUUCUAAUAUCUGGUAAAGCAGGUCUUUUCUAAGUGUUUCCUGUUACCUACUGUAAAUGACUACUGUCAGGUUAAUCUUCAUAAAAACCUUAAAAUCGUUUAUCUAGUCUUACCACCACAUCACCACCCUGAAGUUUUCAUGGGGAUUCUAAUUGGAAAUGCAUUUAAUUUAUAUAUCAAUUGAGGGUGUAAGUUCAAAAUUGUUAUUACAUUUUCACGUCUAAGAAUAUAAGGUGACCCAUUUCAAUCUUAUUUUCUGUCUGUUAAAGAUUUACUAUUAAGCCUUCAUGUUGGCCUUAUGCCCUUCUGUAUGAUUUGUUACUAAGAAUUGUCUUAAGAGUAUUGUAGCAAACAGACUUUUCUCCCAAUUGCCACAACAAAGAAAACUAUUAAAUUUUCUGUCCACCCAACUCUUGAGAUUUAUCUUUCCUCAUUUGUGGAAGUUAAGCCUCUGGAUUUGUUGAAAGAAUAAUAAAUAUAAUUGAAGUCCUUUUUUUUCUUUUUUUGUUACAUUUUCUUUUUCUUUCUGCUUUCCUUUUUAGUUCUAUCAUUUUGUUUUUUUUAUAUUUUAAUCUAUUUUACUCUAUCAAGUGGAAUUAUAUAUGUUGUAGUUUUUGCAGGUCAGAAAGCAUUUAACCAGAAAUGAAAUGGUUAAAUACUGGCAUUCACAUAUGGUUUAUCCAUUUAUAUUCUUGUAUCUGUAAGAAUUUUGUAACUGGUUUUAUGAGUUAGAGUAAGUACCAGAGUCUGGCUAAAGGAUCCUUGCUUUCAUGGCAUAAGAACAAGUAGAACUGAGACCCUUAAAGUAGGCAAGUUAAAAUCUAGCAUCCUAACUUCUUGCCUAACCAGAAUGAGAAGAUAACUUGGAGCCAGAUUUUUUAUAAACUUUACUGCCAGUAGGCUGUUUUUGUUUUCCUCUACCUGAAUAUAAAAUUAAUACAUAGAAGUUAUGAAAUUUAAAAAAAUAAGUGCUAUGAAGUAGAUUUUUUUUUAAGAAGCCACUUAUUCCACCAGCCAGUAAGUAGAGUUGAUUUCUUUAUAUAUAUUGCCUUUCAGUAACAAAUACACAGAAAUGAGUACUCUACUCCACCACCCCAAGGAAUAUAUAAGGAAGAAAUAUUUUGUGAUGAUAUAGACUUGCUAUCUACUCAAAGUCACUAAUAAUUUGUCUGUUUGGAAAAUGUUCUUCUUUAAUUAAAAACAAAACAUUUAACUCGAUUGAUAGUUCUUUAUGAAGUUAGCAGCAGCCCUUUUUUGAAGCUUUCUAAGUGAAUAUUUUGGUUGUAUUAAAGUGGUUUUUACUUAACAGAAAAAAAUUGAAUUGUUAGUGUACUAAUGAUAGCAGUGUAACAGCUUGCAGUUUUGAUGUUUUAAUUAAUUAUUAAAUGUUAUCAGGCAAUGCAAUAUCUCUUUUUAUCCCUGUAACUAGUUUUAUAUGUGAGAAAUGUGAGAUAUAUAGAGAAUAAAUUGCAUGCCCAGAUUUAUAAGUAGUAGAGAAUCCUGGACUCCUUAUUUUGGCAAAUAGUUAUUCCUUUUAUUGAAAAACAGUAAUUCUCAGAAACUAUUCUAUUCUUCACUCAGUAGUUAUUGAGUACUGAAUGAGAGGCUUCGGAAAUAAAAUUUAUGAGAAGUAUUUAGAAUAGUGAGUUAGCUGGAUCUGCUCGAGGGCACAAUGGUUGGGGGAAACAAUAUAGGAAGAUCAGAUUGGAACAGUGAAGUUCCAUAAUGGAGGUGUGAUUUUAUAUAUUUUAUCUGGCAGAAAUGCUUAAGUAGGAAAAUGAAUUAGGAGCUCAAAUGGUAAUUAAUGAGGCCUAAGCUAAAAAUGAAAUGAGGAAAUGAAUUUUGAAAAGUAGUAUAGAAAUAGUCACAGGACUUGGUGAACAAAACAGUUUAUUAAAGGAGAGAGUGUCAAGGCGAUUUUUUGCUAGUAUCUGGAAAAAGUAUUGGGGAAAAAAUGAGAGGUUUAUUUGUCAUAAAAAUGUUAUUUUAAUUUAAACAUAUUCUAUGUAAAAUCUACAAGGCAUUCAGGUGAAAGACAUGAGACUGACAAACAAAUUGUAAAUAAAGAAAGAGCACAGGAGUGAACUCAAGACCGGGGACCUAGACAGAGCAGUUACUUAUGAAGAAGCAAUAAUUGAUGCCUUGUGGUCGGUCAGUCCUUCUUGGCAGGUACCUUCGCUGCCUUGCAUAUGUGUGUAUCAAGGUAUCUGAAUAAUGCAUGGCAGCGCUGAAUUCUGAGAGCUGUUGUGUGGCCUCAUCCUGUGCAGUCAUAAUAAGAAAGGGAUCUUGAGGAUGCAGAGAAGCCCAGCCUCAAGCAGUGCUAGCAAUUGGUGUGAAAACACUGGCUCUCUAGAAAGGCUAUUUUAUUUGUAUGAUAGAAAAUAAAGUUGUAUGCACCUCAGGUGCUUGGUGUUGGUAAGCCUUUUAUGCACAGUCUUUGUUUCCCUCCCAGUGAAGGGAGAGAGUGAAGUAGGGAAUAUUAUCCUUCUUUUUUAAUAUGUGAAGACACUGAGGCAAAGAGAGGUUGAUAGUAGAACAAAGAUUUGAACCACUUGAUUGUUUCUUUGAUGUUGUUGGUGUUUUUACUUUGCCACAUUUUGGCAUGUUUUCUAGUACGAGUCAAAUACUGCUAUCAAACGUAUGUCCCAACACUUUUUAAGUGUGUUGUUUCAUGUAACUAGCAUGGUGUCUCUGAUUGAAAAUACAACUCAUUGAAUUUUGAUGAUGAGUAGAAUUUUGUAUGCAACAAGAAAAUGUGUAUAAAUGAGUAAAAGAAAAGUUAUGUCACCUAAUAUAUGCCUUCACUUAUGUGUGCAGACCUGGAAUGCUUCCAGUGCCUUCUUUUUUUUUAUUCUGCUGGCCAUGUGGAACUUUAUUUAGAUUUAGAAAGAUGAAUUGAAAGUUCAUAAAUAGGUGGAAGAAAAGACUAAAAUAACACCAUUCCCACAGGACUUUACUCCAGUUUAUCUGAAAACUGUCAUCUAUUACAUUACCAGAAAAACCACAGCGUAAUUCCAGUUUGCAUUGUUUUAAGUAGGCAGAGAUAAAAUUGUGUAUGCUCAGAUACCAAAAAAUCUAAUGCAAAUCCGUGAUUGUUGGCCAUGUCAUCUUGGAGGAACAGAUAAAAGUUUUUUUACUAUAAAAAAAAGAAAUGCUUGCAUUUAGUUUUCCAUCUUAGUAUAUUUGUGUAGUGCUUCUUGGCACGGUAGAAGCAAGAAAUGAUAUCUCAGAACUGUAGGUUAAUAUCAGAUACAGAAGCACUAAUUUCUGUGUGUACCCUGUUUUUGCAAAAUCAAGUUGGACAAUGUUUAUUCUUUUCUUGAAAAAACUGAUUUUAAAGUCUCUUUAUUUAGUGAUUUAUGAGAGAAAAAAUUACUAUUGAAUAGUUAGCCUUAUAACUCGAACUUCUUUUGUGGCUGAACUGUGAUUUCUCGCCAUGUACUGUUAACACACUUCCUUUCUUUAAUAUUGUUCUUUGUUCUUUGGGAAAUUACUAUGAGAAAAUAGAAAUUUCCCUUCACUGUUGGCCCUCUGACAAUAUGUUUCAGUCUAAUUCCUGACUCUGCCUGGUUACUACCAUUGUGCUUGUCUAGUCUAAAUUCUCUUUAUCUGUUUGAGAGGGUGAUUCCAGACAGACAAGGAAGCAGCUUUCAAAUGCUUCACUUCAGGCAUGUUAAGUCGUCGCCCCAUUUAGCAAGUGAUAAUCAAAAUCGGGGAGCACCUCUUGGGUGAUGAAUUCUAAUGAGUGGCUAAAGAUGCCAGAGUGUGCGCACACAUGCAGUUUCUUUCCCCUCCCCUUUUCUUCCUUUUCCCAAGGCCCCUCUUCUCCCUCUUUCCCCUCCUACUCGUUUAUCCCCUCCCUCUGUGUCUCAGUUCUGCAGUACACGGGACUGAACACAUUCCUGCAUUGCAAGGCUUUCUGUUAAGGGUGUACUGUGGCUUUUGUUUGGAUUGCAGCAUGCAGAAUUGCAGCUGUUCAGAGGAGACUCAUUACAACUCCUGCUGAAGUUCUAAUCUUCCUCCCUUCUGCCCCUUCCCCUACUCUCACUUGGCCUGAAGACACUGUUCCCAGAGUUUACCUUAUUCCCCUGGUGCUAUGUGUAUGGUGAACCUGGCACUAUGGCCGCAUCUGGGACUGGCCAGACAGCUGCUGUUGGCUCUCCCUAUUCCAAGAAGGAUUUAAAGGGGAAUUGCACUGCAGGCAAUGCACCAGAGCAGCAGCAUCAGGAGCCUGGGGACUAAGGCUCCUCUGACAUUAUUACACAUAUGCAAAGCUGACCGCUUUGACAGCAGCUGCUCCUUUGAAUGAUAGCAGCAGCCAAGCGGCAGCAUGAAGUAAGAGAUCACUCCUGAGCGAGCUCAAGAUGAACUCCACCUUCGAUGGUAAUCAGAGCAGCCACCCUUUUUGUCUCUUGGCAUUUGGCUACCCGGAAACUGUCAGUUUUUGCCUUUUGGAAGUGCUGAUUAUUGUCUUUCUAACUGUAUUAAUUAUUAUUGGCAACAUCGUUGUGAUUUUUGUAUUUCACUGUGCACCUUUGUUGAAUCAUCACACCACGAGUUAUUUUAUCCAGACAAUGGCAUAUGCUGACCUCUUAGUUGGGGUAAGCUGCCUAGUCCCUUCUUUAUCACUCCUCCACUACCCUCUUCCAAUAGAAGAGUCUUUGACUUGUCAGAUAUUUGGUUUUGUAGUAUCAGUUCUGAAGAGUGUCUCCAUGGCCUCUCUGGCAUGUAUCAGCAUUGAUAGAUACAUUGCCAUCACUAAACCUUUAACUUAUAAUAGCCUGGUUACACCCUGGAGACUUCGCCUGUGCAUUUUCCUGAUUUGGCUAUACUCCACCCUGGUCUUCCUGCCUUCCUUUUUCCACUGGGGCAAACCUGGAUAUCACGGAGAUGUGUUUCAAUGGUGUGCAGAGUCCUGGCAUACCGACCCCUAUUUCACCUUGUUCAUCGUGAUGAUGCUAUAUGCCCCAGCAGCCUUCAUUGUCUGCUUCACAUAUUUCAACAUCUUCCGCAUCUGCCAACAGCACACAAAGGAGAUCAGCGAAAGGCAAGCCCGCUUCAGCAGCCAGAGUGGGGAGACUGGGGAAGUACAGGCGUGUCCCGAUAAACGUUAUGCCAUGGUCCUGUUUCGUAUCACUAGUGUGUUUUAUAUCCUCUGGUUGCCGUAUAUCAUCUACUUCUUGUUGGAGAGUUCCACUGACCACAGCAACCGCUUUGCGUCCUUCCUAACCACCUGGCUUGCAAUUAGUAACAGUUUUUGCAACUGUGUCAUUUACAGUCUUUCCAAUAGUGUCUUCCAAAGGGGACUAAAGGGCCUCUCAGGGGCCGUGUGUACUUCUUGUGUGAGUCAGACUGCAGCCAAGGAUCCUUAUACAGUUAGAAACAAAGGCCCUCUUAAUGGAUGACAUCCCUGAAGCAGCUCAGAUUCCUGAUCAUUCUGUGUUCGGGGAGUUUUUGGCUGUUGCUGUUCUUCCCUUUUUAUCUCUUUGUAUUCCUAGUUUGCUAGGAGAUCUGGGACAGAAUAAUUUGACUGUAAAGCAGUAGCAAACAAAUGGUCUAUCCAAACCGCCUUCUAAGUUUGAUUUUCUAAACGUGAUUUGAAUCAGAAGAAUCAGGAUCAAGAAGAAAAAUUGCUCGUUUCCAAUUUUUGAAAUGUCAUGGAAAUGACUACACUUCUCAGAUUUGAAAGGAAUAAAGCCAUGUUUAACACCUCUCCAGCUGGCAUGAUGGAACCUGGGUGUGAAAAGCGUCAUUUUUAAAAGUUAUUUUCUUGUCCUUUUUCUAGAUUCUUUCCAACUUUUUGGACUUCAUGUGCAAUUGGUGUCUUUAACAGGCAAUAUUAAGUAUACUGAUGAAUUAACAGGAUUUUUAUUUUGUGUCAGUAUGUAACUACACUGCAAGUUUCAGCACUAAUUUAGAUAGCCAGUGUUUUGGGUUGUAUUCUCUUCAGAGAACUCUCAGUAAAGUGAAUAAUAUGAACAGUUAAUAUUACUUUUAGAAUCUUGCAAUAAACCACGGUGCAAAAAUGCAGACAAUUUACACAGUUUGUGAAAACUGAGUUACUCUGUACAGUGCUUCACAGAGCUCUGAAGAUAUGUGUGCUUAGAAGUCAUUGUAUUGCAGUAUUUCAGCUCUUGGCUUUGUUUGUGUAUAUUGAGAAUAUUUGAAUUGAAUUAAAGUUUUUUCUAAUAGCAAAAUGUAUUUAAAUAAAUUAAAAAUAAAUAUUAGGCUUACAGUUUAUAAUGAUGGUACAUAAAAUGUGACAUGGGGUUUUUUUUGUUUGUUUUCUUUAUAGUAGUAACAUGUAAAUAUGACUAGUGUUUUUUAUUCCUUUUAGAAUUCUCAUUCUUUUAAGGACCUUUUCAAACUCUGUUCUGACAGUUUUGAAAUAUUUGAACAUUAGGAAGAAGGGGAUUCUGAGUAACUGAAUCAGAAAAUGUACCAUUGACAUAACUUUGCAGAAGAGUAUGUUCUUAGUAUAUGCGAGAUCCUGGAUUAUUUCCCCAGCACCAGGAAAAUACGCAUCUGCAAUACUAAAUCAACUCCCUUUAAAACAGAGGAAGUUAAUUAAGAUGUUUUCUUUGUGGGUAAAUAGCAUCAACUAAUAUAGUAGCAACAAACUCACUGUGAAAGGCGUUUUUUCAGCUAAUGUUGAGGAAUCCACUCUGAAGGGAGAAAGAGAAGUUCUAAUUCAUUGAAAUCGUUUUUACUGCUAUUCUCUUUGUGGAAAAAACAAUCUUUAUUUUCCUUUCCAAAGUGCUAGCAUAUUGUAUAGAAUUUUAUAAUUGUUCUAGUGUUUUUAUUAGAGUGGUGUAUGUUUGUAUGUAGUGUUGUGUUUUUUCUUAAAAGUGACUAUCUUUAAAGCAAGAAGUUUAUUUUUCUGAAAGGAGAGAAGGAUUUCUGGCAGUUCUGCUCAUGAAAAUAUUGUUCAGCUGAUUCUACUUUUGAGCUGAUUUUAGUGUUUAGUGAUCUUCGGGUGACUUAUUCAGUGUCUGCCUUGGUCUAGAUAUUGAAAUCUGAAUGCAGAGUGAUGGUCAGUGAAAUGGAAGAUGGUAGAAACCAAAGGGAUAUGUAUUAAAGUAGAUUUCUCAGUCCAAGAAAGGACAUGAAUAUUUAUAAAGCAGGCAGUUAUGUUUGGGUUUUCUAUCCUUAUGUUAAAAACCUCUUCCCCCUUUUAAAUAAAGAGCAAUGUUUUGAUACUAGGUUAUAGACAUUAAUUUGAUUUUUAAAUCAUAAGAUAUCUUCUAUUUAAAUUUUUUAAGUGUUUAAGUAUUAUAUAAAUGUGUAAACUUCAGAUUCUUGAUCCUCCCAAAAUCUUGUCUUGUUCUUUAUAUUAGGUCUUAGCAAAUUGGAUUUUAAGCUAUUUCAAAAUUUAGAAUUCAUACUGUAGUUGCAUGUUAUGUUAGAAAUGACUUUGUUAGCCAGGUGUGGUACCACACACCUGUAAAACCAGCACUUGGGAGGCUGAGGCAAGAGAAUCAUUGCAAAUUGGAGACCAGCCUGGGCUACACAGUGAGCUGAAGACCAGCCUGAACUGUAUAGGGAGACCCUGUCUCAAAAAGACCCUCCCUGCAAAAAAGAAAAAGAAAGAAAGAAAUAGCUUUGUUUUUUUUUUUUUUUUUUUUAAUUUUAUUUAAGGAGAAAAGAAAAAAAAAAAGCAGGGAAAGGGUACAAGUUAUACAGAUUUACAGAAAAAAAAAUGAACAGUAGGAAAUCACUAGUUAAUGGAUUACAUAUUGUCAUCUUAGAAAUAAUUGUUCAAGUCACAAAAUUAAAGCGUGUAAAGUGGACAUUCCAUCAAUGAUACUGCAAACAGUUCUGUUCAUUGAUCCAAUAAAACUCUGUGAUAUCAUUUUCUAUCUUAUACAUUUAAAUAUACAUGCAGUUAUAUAGUUUGGAGCACUUUCUUUUCCUCUCUUUUGUACCAUGACUAUUACACAUUUUGGGUUUCAUUGCUCCCACGGUUCUUAUUACUUUUUUGGAAGAGAGUAAAACCAAAUGUGACAUAACAGAACAGAAUCGGUCAAGUCAAAAGGGUGGACAUAAUAGAUAAUGUAAAAACAUAAUACAAGGUGAUCAACAAUGGUUACCAUAAUGCCUCCCGCUAUCUCUAAUAGAAUUGCCUAUAUCGUUAGUUAUAAUACAAUUGAACAAAACAGUAAAGAAUAAAACCGACAAAACCAAAACAUUGGAGACAUUGUAGGUCUUCAAAAGUAGAUAAAAGUCAACAAGAAUGGGCGUCAUAAUGAAUCUCAUUAUCUUCACAGCUGAUGCCUAAACUUUCGAACCUGAUACUAUCCAGAAAAACAGAAUAGGGGAACAUCAGUUAAAAACCAGAUGGUGAGAGUAAUACAGGGCUUUAAAUCAAGGUAAUAAAAAGUCAAAGUGGGUUACUAUAAUAUAUCCUGCUAUUUUUUUCCUUUAAUUAAAAGGAUAAAGAUAAAAAAGUAAAUAAUGGAGUGGAGAUUGAGAUAAAAGAGGGCAUAACAACGAAACAGCGCAGAUCAAAACAUAACCAUUUAAGCAGAAUAGUGUUUCACCACCAGAUAAUCCUAACCUAAAAGUAGUUACCAUAUUGUCUCUUUCUUUGAAAUCCUUGAGUACAACUUCGUAUACUGUAGCAUUAAGUAUAUCAAAACAAUGUAAAACCAUUCAAGAGAAUGACAGCAUUACAGAGUAUUUAGAAUCGACUAACAGAAAAUGAACAAUGGUUUCUGUAUAAUCUCCUUGUCUUUAAAAAGUUUUUGCUUAUACUAUCGUACAUAAUAAAAUCCAAUAAGAUACAGCCUAGAAAUAGCUUUGUUGAAUUGCCAUUUCAAGUGGAAAAUCUAUUUUGGUUGUAUUCUGAAAAAUAGUCUAUGGUACAGAUCCAAAACAAAAUAAAAUUUACCCUUUUCAUAUAUUUUAUAGAAUGUAACCUGUUCAGACUUGCAAUUUGCUAAUGAAUUUUUAGUUCAGCAAAUACAGCAAUCUUAAAGACUUGAUUUUUAUAGAAAAAUCCAAUCUUAAAUCAGUAAGUUGGGGCUGGAGAUUUAGCUCAGUGACAUAAGUACCUGCCUUGCAAGCAGGCAGUCGUGAGUUCGAUCCCUGGUACCAAUUAAAAAAAAAAAUCAAUAAGUUUACUUCCUCUUUUUUUUUUGUUUGUUUUGUUUUGUUUUGUUUUGCAACUGGAUCUCGCCCUAUAGUCCAGGCUGUCCUUGAAUUUAUGAGCCUUUUGACUCAGCCUCUCAAAUGCAGAAUUACAGGGAUGCUAUCACUGCUGGGUAAGUUUUGGUUUCUGUGUUUUUGUUUUUGAGAGAGUCUUGCUAUAGUUCAGGCUAGUUUUAAACUUAGCAUGUAGCCCAGGCUGGCCUGGAACUCUUGUCAGUCCUCCUGCCUCAGCUUCUCCUCAAGUGCAGGGACUGCAGGUGUGAACAGACAUUCCUGACAAAAUUUUACUUUCUUAAAAAUCACACGAUUCCACUUUUAAAAAGAAUUUCACCCUUUUAAUUUUUUCCUCCAAUAGAAUUCCAGCUUAUGAGGGCAAAACAAAAUCUCUUUUUAAAUUUUCUGGUAAUGGCUAUCUAAUCAAGCUGUUUUUUUAAUGACUGCAGAGACAAGAAGAUCGUUCACUAAUGGACUUUUAAUUCUUUUUCCUAGUAUUAAGUUAGACCAUUAUUAGAAGCAUUUCAUUUUCUACAUUAGAAUCUCUGUUAUGAUUCAGCCCACUUAAAAAUAUAACCUAAGUAGAUAUAAUAAUUUGAAAGAGAAAUAAAGGCUCCCCUCCCCCACUAACAAUUGCUUAUUAAUAUCAGGUAUCUUUCUAGUUUGUCUUAUCUUCCUUAUACUAUGUAAGUUCUUACAGGAACCAGUUCUUUUAUUCUCACAUUCAUUGUGCAUACUGUCUUUUUAUUUUAUUUUGUUGUGUGUGUAUGUGUUGAGUGAAAAGGGACAACAGGGACAGUCAUGCAACUUCAAAUCUUUAUACAAUCUUCUCCAUAAUAUGUUUGGAGAGUUUGUGUUUAAUCUGUUUAUCCUGACUCAUUUAAUGAACAUUUGAUGACGUUUGGAUUAAAUACCAAGCUGAUUAGUUUAGAAUGAGAAAGUAUAUAUUUAAACACAAAUACCUUGGAUAGUUCAUCUCGCUUUAUAUGGUGUGUGGCUGGUAUUACAAGAAACAUAAAAAAUACUUUUAGAGACUGUAUUGAAAUUGUUUCAUAGUAAAUUUUAUUUUAUUUUUUGGUACUGGGGAUCGAACUCACAACCUAGUGCUUGCGAGGCAGGCGUUUAUGCCACUGAGCUAAUCCUCAGCUCCUUCUUAGUAAAUUUUAAAAUAAGAUUAUGCUAGUUAUUUUCUUCGUAAAGAUGUGUUUUUAUCGUCCUAGAAGCAGAAAAGCAUGACAAGUAGACUACUGUCCCAUUUUAGUGAAAACAAUAUUCUUAUGCCAAAAUAAAUAAUUUUUCAUGGACCUGCUAACUGUUAUGCAGAAUUCUGUUUUAGAAAAAAUAAGAUAUACUCCUGGAUAAGUUCUCUUUGAACCUUUCAUUAUGGCUUUUCCUUUGUACUUGAAUAAUUAUGUCAGUAUUUUAAGAAUUGGGAAAACUUGAAUCUUUAUACAACGAGUGCACUGUCCAUCUGUUUGAACUUGAAAACAAAGUGACAGGGUUGUACAGUCUACAAAAUUAUGGAAUCUUGUUGGAGAGAGUUUCCUCAGCUUUUCAGGUUUAUUUGAAAAAAAUUACAGUGGAUUUGUAGGAAACACCUUAAUUUUCACUGGUUGUGUUUAUGUAUCAUAAUAGAUUUGUGAAAUCAAUUAUUGGCAAACCAGAAUUUAUUGUCAUGAGCAGCUUUGGGGAAGUUUAAGGAUAGAGUAAUGGCACUGUGCAGUUUUUUAAAAAUCCUUAUAGGUUACUUAAUAAGUUUAUCUUUGAAUAAUUUUUCCAUUUCAGGUUGAAGAACUAAAUAUAAGUGUUUAUAUUAAACAUAUAUAUUAUUAAUGUUAUUUUGCAGAUCUUAGAAAUCUCAUAGAUAUUUCUUAUGGUUAUGACUCAUUUGGCUUUUAUUUCAGUUUGAACUUCAUGGUGUGAAAUGAACUUUAGGCUGAGAAUUUUAAAAUGUAGGUUUCUGUUAGUCAUAGUUUACUAAAUUAAGGCUAGUCACUUCUUUAGCACUUAAUUUCUUUUAGAAAAGGGGCUAUGUUUGUUUUUCACAUCCUAUAGAUUGCUUUCCAUUUCAUAAUGAAUGUGAAAGUACUUUGAACAUUGUAAAGUGCUUUUCAAAUAAAAGUAAAUACUGUUA